AGCAUCAUGGGUGGCAAGCUGUUGCCUGCUGCGUUCGCCGGCUCGCCGCCGCUGUCGCAGGUGGCCACCUCCGCCGCGCACGGCGAGGACUCGCCCUACUUCGCCGGGUGGAAGGCCUACGACGAGAACCCCUACGACGCCGUGGCUAACCCGGACGGCGUCAUACAGAUGGGCCUCGCCGAGAACCAGGUCUCCUUCGACCUCCUCGAGGGUUACCUCCGGGAGCACCCGGAGGCCGCCGGCUGGGGCGCCGGCGCCACCAGCUUCAGGGACAACGCCCUGUUCCAGGAUUACCAUGGACUCAAGAGCUUCAGGACGGCGAUGGCGAGCUUCAUGGAGAAGGUACGCGGCGGCAAGGCCAGGUUUGACCCCGACCGCAUCGUGCUCACCGCCGGCGCCACGGCCGCCAACGAGCUCCUCACGUUCAUCCUCGCCGACCCCGGCGACGCGCUGCUGAUCCCUACCCCUUACUACCCCGGGUUUGAUAGGGACUUGAGGUGGAGGACCGGGGUGAACAUCGUGCCGGUGCACUGCGACAGCGCGAACGGGUUCCAGGUCACGGCGGCCGCGCUCCAGGCGGCGUACGACGAGGCCGCGGCGGCGGGGGUGCGCGUCCGCGGCGUGCUGAUCACCAACCCGUCCAACCCGCUCGGCACCACGGUGAAGCGGAGGGCGCUCGAGGACAUCCUCGACUUCGUGGCGCGCAACAACAUCCACCUCAUCUCCGACGAGAUAUACUCCGGCUCGGUGUUCGCCGCGCCGGACCUCGUCAGCGUGGCGGAGCUCGUCGAGUCGCGCGCCCGCCGCGGCGACGGCGAGGGCAUCGCCGGCCGCGUCCACAUCGUGUACAGCCUCUCCAAGGACCUCGGCCUGCCGGGGUUCCGCGUCGGCGUGGUGUACUCGUACAACGACGCCGUCGUGACGACGGCGCGGCGGAUGUCCAGCUUCACGCUGGUGUCGUCGCAGACGCAGAAGACGCUGGCCGCCAUGCUGUCCGACGAGGCGUUCGCCGAGAGCUACAUCCGCACCAACCGCGACCGUCUCCGCGAGCGGCACGACCACGUCGUGGCCGGGCUGGCGCGCGCCGGCGUGCCGUGCCUCCGGGGCAAUGCCGGCCUGUUCGUGUGGAUGGACAUGCGGCGGCUGCUCGGCGACGGCGAGGCGACCGUCGCCGGGGAGCUGAGGCUGUGGGACAAGAUGCUGCACGAGGUGAAGCUCAACAUCUCUCCGGGAUCGUCGUGCCAUUGCUCGGAGCCCGGCUGGUUCAGGGUGUGCUUCGCCAACAUGAGCUUGGCCACGCUGGAUCUUGCACUCGCCAGAAUAAGCCGCUUCAUGGACAGGUGGAACAAAGCAACAAGCCAGCAAGAACAGCAUUAUUAA